AGAAGACCUUCCGUAGACCUUCUCAUAACGAGUCUCUUUCUGGUUCUGUCACUCCUUAUUUCUGGUAAGGAGAAAUCGCAAAGUGAAGUGAAAUUCAGAAGGAAGCGCCAACUUGGCCAAAUCGACGUCAAAAGAUAGAUCGGGCUUGCAGCUGCGAUAACCAGUAGCCGGGAGAAGCCUCUUCCUUCAAGGGUCUCAAGCCAGGAAUUUCGCCGGAUUGAUUACUCUUACCAAGCAGCUUACUGAGUUACACCCAACGAGGACACCAAUCUCGGCCCACUUCAGCCUUCCGAGACAUGGGUUCGAUCGGAGAAGCGCCUCAGAAAGGCGUAGAGCAGGAUGACCUAGUUAUGCCGUUGAUCGACUUCGGCGCGUUCCUUCACGGCGACCCAACAGCCAAGAAGGCCGUUGCGGAGCAGAUUGCUGAGGCAUUCAAGUCCUCCGGGUUCCUGUACCUGCAGAAUCACGGCGUGCCCGAGGAUCAAGUCUCACUGGCCUUCUCCGAGUCCGCUCGCUUCUUCGAACGCCCGCAAUCGCAAAAGGCCGAACUGCAAUGGACCACUCCAGACUCGAAUCGGGGCUACGUAGCAUGGGGCCGCGAGAAAGUCACCCAAUCCGCCGACCCAGAAGAAAUCGCCAGGCUCCGGGCUUCGAACCCGGAUCUCAAAGAGUCGGUAGAAAUCGGCCGUGAAGGUGUUCCUGGAUUCCCCAAUCAAUGGCCCGAUCGCUACGACGACGAAGGCAAGACGUUCACGCACGACAUGCAAGCCUUCUUCCUCCGGCUCAAGGAUCUGCACAUUGAAGUCAUGCGCGCCAUCGCUCUCGGCAUGGGCAUGGACGAGGACUUCUUCGACAGCUACACCGACGCAGGGGACAAUACGCUGCGUCUCCUGCACUACCCGUCCGUGAAGAAGAGUUUGUGGAAGCAGAAUCCCAAUCAAGUCCGCGCAGGCGAGCACUCUGACUACGGGUCCAUCACCUUGCUGUUCCAGGACGAUAUAGGCGGGCUGGAAGUCAAAUCACCCAGGGGCACCUGGGUCCGCGCGAAACCGAUCCCUGGCACCAUCGUCGUCAAUGCAGGUGAUUUGUUGUCACGCUGGAGUAACGAUAUCAUCAGGAGCACUAAGCAUCGUGUCAUCCAGCCGCCGCCAAAGGAGACCGGAACAGAGGGCCACGACGAUGACGAGAACGCGAUGGUACCCGCGAGAUAUAGUAUUGCGUACUUCUGCAAUCCGAACUUUGAUCGUUUCAUUGAAGCGUUGCCGGGCACGUGGGAGAAGACGGGGAAGAAGUAUCAAGGGAUUAACAGCGGAGACUAUCUAGUUAUGAGACUGGCUGCGACGUAUUGAGCUUGCAAAACAAUAUAGCACGAGACGGAUGACGAUGUUGAUGUUGAUGUUGAUGGGUACGAUGAGCAAUGUAAGAUGCUGGGGUUGUGGUUUUUUUUUGGAAUACCUUCCUUCAGAAAACCGUUUCUUUGAAGCAAAUGAUCCAAUCAAUCUCUGUUUGAAACUACAAUCCUAGUUUGAGGCCGGUUGCUCAAGGACCACAUGAAAAUAAAUCCAAUUGAAC